UGUUAAUUGAAUGAAGCACCCGAGGUGAUAGGGCUAAGCGCGUGGGAAUAUACACCUCAAAUGCCAUACAUAACGAGUUUACUAAUACUAACAUAGCAUGGCAUCGACAGGCGAAGGCGGGGGUGGCGGCGUACUUAGCUUACUGGAAGCAGGAGGCCACUUUGAACACACACCACAUGCGACAUCCCACUCUAAAGCCCAAUCACAUCCAGAAGAGGCAGCGCACGAGAUUGCACCCUCACAGGCACAGAGUGUACAUAUGCAGCACGCUACACCACACACACAAACACAAACACUAACACAGAGAAAUCAGCGUGAUGCCGCCGGUGAGCAGACACACCGGCCGAGCUCUUCGGAAGAUAUAAGUAAUGUGCAUGCGCACGUACACAGUAGUAAUGCACAUGCAGCAAGUCCUAUCCAGGAUACGUACGCUGUUGUAGGCUCUGGCAAUGCUAACGCGCACUCAAUGUCACAAAAGCAGAUACACGCAUCCGAUAGCAUCCCACAAGUCCCAGCAUCACAUACAAAGCAACAACAACAACAGCAACAACAUCAGCACGUAGGCAAAAACACACAUGCGAAGGCGAAGGCAGGUCCAACAGCGGGAUUUAACGGUUCAACGAACGCUGUCAAUCCAACGCAUACUGUGCCACACAACGCACAUGGCGAUGCGAAUGUAGAGAUGCUGAUGGAUAUGCAGAGUGGAGGCUUCCACACAAAUGCAACAAAAAAAUCCCAGGGUAGUGGUACAAAUGCGAAUGCAAGUCAUAGCACGAACGGGAAGGCGCAUGCGAACACGAAGAUGAACACUCCAGCGCAUCAAUCGCAACACACGCAACACAUGCAGCACGUACAGUAUACUAACACGAACGCAAAUACGAAUUCAAAUACACAUGAACGCGCAUCGGUAAGUUACCAGGAUUCGGGUGUAGCUGUGCCAUCUCAUGCAGAUAAUGAACGUGAUGAUGAUAUUCGUGCGCACUACAAUGCUGUACACACGUCAGCUGGAAAUACUGCGCGUGCACAUCCACAUGCACACACCCAAGCACCGAAUAUGUAUCACACGCAAGGUCAGCCGAUUCACCACACGCAAGGGCCUGCAUAUGCAUAUGGGCAACAGCAGCGACCACAGUCACAUAUGCAACAGGCAGGGAUGCACAACACACACCCACACCAAGCACACCCACCACCACCGCAACAACACAACCAACAACAAUUAGUUCAGCAACAGCAGCUAGCAGCGCACAUCAUGAUUCAACCGUCGUACAGUUCCGAGACGUACGAUGUCAACAAGAGAUCGAAUAUCAUUGCUCAGUG